CCGGUAGCUUGCCCGGUUUUAUCAGGUGGUGUAUCAGGUUUGGAGCCUGCGGCGCUUAGUUAAUACAGAUUCUGACAAUCAGAUAGGUACCUGUACUCGUAACAUUAUCUUAAAAAGAAGUACCAGCACGUGCAAGCUUGUUAGACUGAAUCAGUUCAUUGAGUUAUCGCACUGUCUCACUGUGCGCACUGACAGAUUAUGUGUAAGACAUGUUCAGAUAUCGGCGUGCCUGUAGGUGGUACCGCAUGUAAACAUGUUUGUUUAAACUUUUUCCAAUUCACUGAUAUUGUGUUGUGAUUUUCGAGUAUUCAAUAUUUGAUUGUGCACCAAUGACUGGAUAAAAACAUUUUUUGCUUUAGAAUUGCUGGACUCCUCGUUGCCGUGGGGUGGUUUAUGUAAGCGCUGGUCGUGGUUUGUCAUAUAAUAGGACGUCUUAUUGGCUCUCUUCUCCCUGGGAUAAAUUCCUUCUUUCUGGCUGUUGUCGACUGUUGUAAAGUAAUAAUAUUUAAAGACGAGUGAAAACAAAUGCGAUUCAUAUUAUCAUGGAUCUCACAAAAGAGCAAAUAAUAGAAGUAUUAAGACAUGCAGAUGCUGUUUGCCUUGAUGUAGACAGUACAUUAUGUCCCGAUGAAGGCAUAGAUGAACUUGCAAAAUUUCAUGGUGUUGGCGAUGAAGUUAUAGAACUUACUAACAAAGCAAUGGGCGGUUCUAUGACUUUUCAAGAAGCUCUAAGAGAAAGAAUAAAAAUCAUAAAUCCCACUUAUAUAAGAUUGAAAACAUUUUUACAACAAAGAACACCAAUUGCCACGCCCGGAGCAAAGGAACUCAUCGAUAAACUUCGAGAGCGUGGAUGCUACAUUUAUCUCAUUUCGGGAGGAUUCACGGAAAUUAUAAACCCCACCGCAAAAAUGAUUGGAAUUCCAAGAGAAGACAUACUUGCUAACAAGUUCUUGUAUUAUUACACUGGACAAUGUGUCAGCGCUGACGAAAGUUUACCAACCUGUAGAUCAGGAGGAAAAGCUAAAGCAAUUGAAGAAUUACGUAAAAAGCAUGGCUAUAAAAAGAUUGUUAUGAUUGGUGAUGGAGCAACCGACCUAGAAGCUUGUCCACCAGCAGACGCUUUUAUUGGUUUUGGUGCCAAUGUCGUAAGAGAAGUUGUGAAAGAAAAAGCAAAUUGGUUUGUGUAUUCAUUCCAAGAGAUUUUAGAUGAAUUGAAGGAUUGAAAUACUUUUAUGGUGAUCGGGUGAUAUUAAAUAACUUCUAACACUUAUGGGCAGUCACGCUCAACCUACGCUCGACAGUUUAGUGCUGAUGCGAUAGCAAAAUGUAUAAAAACUGUGGUCUUGACUUCCACGGAAAUAUGGGACCAAGACCAUUUCUAUACGAAUAGACAGAUAGACUUCAACCUAACUUGGAAGGAAAAGAGGAAUCUAAAAAUGGUGGUAUCUGCUUUUUCUUUUUAAGACCAAGUUAUCUCAAUCUUCCAUAAGAUAUUCACCAAUGCAGUAGCAGUUUUAUUUUUAUAGGAUAAAUAGUGUUCAAAAAUUUUGCUGCUUCCGCUUGUGAUAAUGGGCUGAUUUAAAGCAAUUCUAAUUUGUCAUAAUCUGGUGUAACGUUGAUAUUCUGGCGUAUAUAUAUUGAAACACCGGUUUUAAACAGUCGGAUGUCCAAAAUGAGUACAAAUUUAUUAUACAGUAUAUUAUCUAUAUUUUUCUGGGUUAAUUUUAAAUUGCUAAAAUCUGUCGCACCGCAAAUGGGGGGAGUAACAAUUUUUGUUUGAACAUAGUCAACAUAGCUAUUUUAACUUUGUUUUAAAGGGCAUAUGUGAAAACAUUUCACUAUUUAAAAGCGUUGUUUUAUUUACGUACGGCUUUCUCAUUUUAAGCUCAAUAUAAGUGAUUUAUUUUUACUUGAAUUUGUUCGGUAUUAAAAUCAUAUAUAUAUAUAUACAUAAAGUGUGUGAGUGUCUUAUAUUCAAGUUUCCUCUAUUUGUUUUACAAACCCAACGACAGCAGGUUUUUAUCAAUGCAGACAAAUAUGGAAAAUUCAUCUCCUUUUGUUGUGUUUACAGUACAAAUUCAUUGUCUUAAUUAUAUUUUCUGGGGUAGUUUAAAUUGCUAAAAUCGGUCGCACAUGAAACGAGGGAGUGGCCAUUUUUGUUUGGGUAUAGUUGAUAUGGCUAUUUCAACAUUGUUUUAGAAGGCAUAUGUAAAAAAACAUUUUACAACCAUCCUUUUCAGUAUUCAAAAGCUUAAAAACUUUGAAAGAACUAGAAACUUUGUGGUUUGGCAUAAUACCAAAUUUGCUACACCCUGAGUGAGGUGGUGGAAAUGUGUUUUGAGCAUUCACUCAUGGAUAUGAUAUCAAUGUAGAAUUGGCAAUAUAUUGCGCAAUUUUUUUAUUGUGUCGUCAACACUACAUUCAAUAUUGACACGAAUGUAAUAUUGUCGAUGGCGCUACAGUUCUUUUCAUACUUGUUUAACUCAAUGUAAUUUACCUUGGCUUUGUAUUACAAUGAUGUCUUGGGCAAUACAAUACUAUUGUCAAUAGCACUAUAGUUGUUUUUAUUACAUUUACACACAAAGACAUUUUGCUUUUAUGAGUCUGUGUGCCUUUGUAUUUUUGUGUAUUCACUUUCAACAGUCACUCUAGAGUAGACAAUGCUUAUUUAUUUUAAGGAAGAUAACAAUUCAAAAUUUGAAAGAGUGAAUUCUCUUCAAAGAAAAUUAAUUUUGAUAAUAGUCAAUAUUCCACCUGUCCGCCUAUAACAUCAUUUUUUAUUCUCAUAAAAGGGUUUCUCUCUUUCAUAUUGCAUCAUUUCAGUGUUGUUAAUUAUUAAACCAUAUUGUGAUUUCAGAAUAAAAUUCUUUUCUCUGUAA